ACUAUGAUACGGUUUACUAUUUUUAUACCUACUAAGUACUAAAUAUAUGGACGGUUUUAGUGAGAAGGGGCCCAAGUCAAUUUUCAUCGAUUUUUACUUUACACAUUAAAAUUGUAGGAAAUUUUACGCCGCAUCUAAUGGUGCCACUGUCGAUGUCACGUGACUACUCAUUAUGAGAUUAUAUUAUUGUGCGUUUGGGUCCACAUAACAACUCAAAAUAGAUUUUUGUGAGAAAGGGCACAUCUCGCUAAAUUUGUCAAAUCUUUAUGCGUCAAAGGGCAAUGCAAUUUUGUAUGCGUGCAAAAAGGACCAAGUCACGAAUGUAAGUGUAAAUGGUACCUCGUUAUGUUAUUAACACGUUUUUUUCAAUAUUGUGGACAAUUUUAAUAGUUUUAAAUACUUUUUUACUUUUUUAAACAAUUCGCAAUUAGUUAUAAAGUUAUCACUCUAUCAAUUCAAACCAUAUUUUCACGAUGAUGUCUAGUAGAAGCAAUCGACUUUUAGCAAUGGCAACUGGUGGUGUAAACAUUCAAGAUAAGAGCACAAUUAGAAAAGAAAAAAUACCAAAGAAACCAUCUGUUUGCCGUAAUUUAAAUAAUAGUUUUUUAACUGAAGUCAACACAUCAAAAAACAAGCAAGUUCUGGAAUGGUUGAAUCAGUCAGAAUCUACAAGAAUGAGCAACGAUACAGAAGGUGUAGAAAACUUUAAAAAAGAUAUUUAUUGUUUAAAUGAAAGUGUUGAUGUACCCGAGCAAUGUAUCAUGAAAAAGACUGAUGAAUCUAUGUGUUACCAAGAAAUUGGUAUAACUGAUGUUUAUGAAAACUUAGACACUGUGGAAAACAUUAUUAAUUCAAUUCCAGAAGACCUUUUAGCGUUGGUUCAAAAUGAAGAUCAAUGCUACAGUGGAAUUCACCAUGAAAAUGUAACAAAUCUAAACGGAUUUGAUGAACUGAACUCUGAAAAAGAUCCAAGUGUAAUAUUUGGCACUUCUGAAUCUGGGAGUGAUGAACAUAAUUUAUUGCACACAGAUACUGAGGCAUUAUUUGGCACUCUUGAAUCAACAACGGUGGUAAAUGAAAUUAAUGGUAACAACAAUGAAUCUAAUUUAAACAAAAGAAAGAAAAGACCUAGUACGAAAGGAGAUACAAGACAAUAUAGGCAGUACAGGAAGAAAAAUAGGAAUUGUGGAACUGAGUAUACAACAAAUACAGGGAAAAUUAUGAACUCUCGGUCCUCUAGAUCUCUCUCCGACUGCCGAACCAAAUGCAAGUCAAAAGUACAUGACAAUUUACGAAUAAGUCUAUUCAACCUUUAUUGGUCUAUGAAUAGUCACGAUAGGCGGAGUUCAUAUAUUUCAAGCCUGGUUCAUAGUACCGUUAAAAAAACAAAUAGACAAAGAAGGGAUACACCUGAAAAAAAAAAACCUAGAGAACUAGUCUAUCAUUAUUCUGUUCCAAUAGACGGAAACCUUGUGACUGUGUGUAAAGCUUGCUUUUUAAAUAUUUUUGGUGAAACAUCAAAAUUUGUUAGAAAUAUUUGUAAUAAAAAAUUAAGUUCACCUGCUAACAGAAGUUCACCAGAUAAAAGAGGAAGAAUAGCUCCAAAUAACAAAAAAUCUCCUGAAGAAAUAAAAUUGGUAAUUGAUCACAUUAAUAAUCUACCAUCUUAUGAGAGCCAUUAUUGUCGAAAACAGUCAAAAAAAAAAUAUCUCCCAACACAUUUCACAUUACAAAGAGCAUAUGAUGAGUACAAACUAACGGUUGAAAAACCAGUUAGUAGAUCUCUAUACGAAAAAUAUUUUAAAUCUUCAGGUUUAAAGGUAAAAAGUCUUAAAAAGGACACAUGUGCACAAUGCGACAGAUAUAAAAUUCAACUUUCUAACAGUAUAUCUCAUGAACAAAGAAUUAAUCUCACUGCAGAGAAAAAUAAACACCAAGAGGAAGCAGAACAGGCAUAUGAAACUAAACGAAAUGACAUUACAACAAUGUCAACUGACACAUGUGUAUUGUCAUUUGAUCUACAGCAGUGCCUCCCCACUCCUCAAUUAGAAAAUUCUGUAUCAUUUUACAAAAGGCAGUUAUGGACCUAUAAUUUGACAAUUCAUAAUUGUAAAACUUCAAACGCUUCUUGUUAUGUGUGGUAUGAGUCACUGGCCAAAAGAGGAGCUAAUGAUAUUAGUUCAUGCCUUUUUAAUUAUUUAAAAAAUUUACCAAAAGACAUAUCUAAUGUAAUAAUGUAUAGUGAUUGCUGUCCAGGGCAAAACAAGAAUGGUAUUGUUAUAGCCAUGUGCUUAUACUUUUUAGAACAACAAGAUUUAAUUACUACAAUUGACCAUAAAUUUAUGGUUCCUGGCCACUCACGUAUGGAAUGUGACUCUGAUCAUGGCAAAAUUGAAAAGGCACGUAAAAGAUAUCCACAUUCAAUAAGCCACCCAUAUGACUGGAUGCAGUUUAUUCGUUGGGCUGGGAAAGGGAAAUUUGUUGUUAAUGAAAUAAACCAAGAUAACUUUUUUGACUUUAAUGUUUUACUAAAAAAAAAAUACCAAAUGAGAAAAAAAAAUGAGGAUGGUGACAAAUUUAUAUUUCGUGAUGUUAAAUGGUUUCGUUAUUCAAAGGAAAACAAAAAUGUAGUAUUCUAUAAAACUUCACUUGAUGAAAAUGAGCAUUUUAAAACAUUAGAUAUGUCUCGAAGAAAAUCUAUUUCUAUGGAUCUGCCAAAAGCGUAUACUGAUAUAUUAGAAAUAACAGAAGAAAAAAAAUCUGAUCUUUUGUCUCUUUUAAGUUUUAUUCCAGAAGUUUUUCAUAAUUUCUACCAGAACCUUAAAACAUCAAAAGACAUAAGUGAUCCCAUUGUUUCUGAAGAUAGUGACUAAUUUGAGGUAUUUGUUAUUAAUAACAUUUUAUUGUU